CAGGGCAACGAAACUUUCUGAGCCACACAGUGGGAAAAAAAGAUGUCUGUAGCGUCGUCUUCAAUUCCCUGUGUUAAAAUCUCAAGUUCUUCUCCCUCAGCCACAACGACCUGCCCUUCAUCGUCGUCAUCUUCUUCUUCCUUUAAAUUCUCUUCUACUAAGCCUUUCAUUACCAUAAGGAAUUCAAAUGCCGAAGGUCCAAUCCGAAGACCAGUUGCCCCUCCUCUGAGACAACCCUUUGUUCCUGUCAAACCCGUCCCUCCAUCUCUCUCUCCGUCGCCUCCCUCUCCCUCUCCACCUUCAGCCCCUUCGAAGCCGGUCUCAGUGACUGGGGUCUCGCAAGUAUCGGAUUCUAAUGUAAUCACUAUGGAGUUUCAGAGGAAGAUGGCCAAAGAGCUUCAGGAGUACUUUCGGCAGAAUAAGCUCGAAAAAGCGGACCAAGGACCCUUUUUUGGAUUCAUUGGGAAGAACGAAAUUUCUAAUGGCAGAUGGGCAAUGUUUGGUUUUGCAGUUGGGCUGCUAACAGAGUACGCAACAGGUUCAGAUUUUGUUGAUCAAGUGAAGGUCCUUCUCUCCAAUUUUGGGAUACUAGAUCUGGAUUGAUUCUUCUGCUUGAUCUUCAUCACCAUUAUUCCCUUCUCAUUGUUGUAAUUGUUGUAUGCAUAUUCAAUUUAUGUUCUGUAACCUUUCGGUGAUUCACUGUAACUUCACUGGAUUUGAUUAUCUUACAAUGUAUCUUCACUAUUCAUUUUAACUGUAAGAAUGUAUAAGCUCCUUAUUUUUGCUAUUCUUCAAAAUCAUCCUUUUUAUGCUUAAA